AUGCCAUCCAACAAGUAUUCCUCCGCUAUUAUGGCGGAAAGUGAUAAGAUGACAGCCACGGCUGCUGUAAACGGUGACACGUCUACAGGGGAGGCUUUGUCAGAAAACGACAGUGGCCUGGAGAUGACCAAUGAGAAUAGCCCCCUAACUGGAGCAGAACCACCCUCACCUUUUAGCCCCAAACAGAAUGGCGGCGCGGCAUCACCUGCAGAUGAGAGUGUGAACAGCCUGAGCAGGAAGAGAUCACGGAAGCGUUCUGAAACAGACUAUGGCAGCAGCGUCUGGGACUCGUGCAGUGAGGAGAAGUCUGAUCUGGGAUCAGGCAGCGGAUCAGGGCUCAGACAGAGGCCGCCUCCCAGGACCAUCUUUCAAGCCGGAUUGACGGCUCAGUCUAAACCUCGCAACAGGGACAGGGGCCAAAGCAAACCGGAGCCCAGCAUUCUGGUCGCCAGUUUUCCCGAAGGCCCCCGGCUAGAGCUGAUGGAACAAGACUCCAAAGACUCCACGUCCACCUCCACUACCGACACAGCCAACCAACCGGAAUACAAUGACAAUAAGGGCUUCGGAAUAGGGGAGCUGGUGUGGGGCAAAAUUAAAGGCUUCUCCUGGUGGCCCGGCAUGGUGGUGACUUGGAGAGCCACGGGGAAGAGACAGGCGUCGCACGGGAUGCGCUGGCUCCAGUGGUUCGGCGAUGGCAAGUUCUCCGAGGUGUCUGCUGAUAAGCUGGAUUCCAUCACAGCCUUUACGAAGUUUUUUAAUCAGUCCUCCUACACGAAGCUGGCUUCCUAUCGCAGAGCCAUUUUCCAAGCCCUGGAGAUGGCCAGGGAACGUGCCGAGAAGACGUUUCCACUGUGCGAAUCAGAUAAUUCAGAGGACCAAAUAAAGCCCAUGCUGGACUGGGCUCACAGUGGCUUCCUGCCCAAGGGAAUAGAGGGCCUCAAACCCAGAGGAAACACUAGUGAUUGCUGUUUGUUCCCGGUCGUACAAGAGAGCGCAACACUGCAGGCUCAGCUGCUGGAGUCCAAUCCACCAGAAUUCGCGCCAUCCGCCAAGAGGCCCCGACUUAUGUGCAAGGCUAAAGCGGCGACUGAGGACAUCUACAGCAGAGAACAAAUGGUUAAUGAAGUCUUGAAGAAUCACAGAAGAAUAGAAGAGUUCUGCCUGUCUUGCGGGAAGACGAGAGCAGCAACCUUUCACCCACUGUUUGAAGGAGGCCUGUGCCAAGCAUGCAAGGAUGUCUAUUUAGAGAUCUCCUACAUGUACGAUGACGACGGCUACCAGUCGUAUUGCACGGUGUGCUGUGGAGGCCGAGAGGUGCUGCUGUGUGGCAACGCCAACUGCUGCAGGUGUUUCUGCGUGGACUGUUUGGAUCUGCUGGUCGGUCCAGGAGCGUCGAAUAGUGCCCGGGACUUGGACCCGUGGCUGUGUUAUAUGUGCCAACCGUUGCAGCAGUACGGUGUGCUCAAGAGACGUCACGACUGGAGUUUGAAACUGCAGGAUUUUUUCGUCAAUGACAAAGGACAGGAUUUUGAAAGCCCCAAAAUCUACCCAGCAGUCCCAGCAGAGCAAAGGCGUCCAAUAAGAGUCCUUUCGUUGUUCGACGGCAUUGCUACAGGAUAUCUGGUGCUGAAGGAUUUGGGUUUUAAGAUCGACGCGUACAUCGCCUCAGAGGUGUGCGAGGACUCCAUAUCCGUGGGAGUUGUCCGACAUGAAGGAAAAAUCCAAUAUGUGAACGAUGUUCGAAAUAUCACCCGCAAAGACAUUGCUGAGUGGGGCCCGUUUGACCUGGUCAUUGGUGGAAGCCCGUGCAAUGAUCUCUCAAUAGUGAACCCAGCCAGGAAGGGUCUGUAUGAGGGAACCGGGCGUCUGUUUUUCGAGUUCUAUCGUCUGCUAAGCGAAGCAAAGCCAAAAGAGGAAGAAAACCGACCCUUCUUCUGGAUGUUCGAGAAUGUGGUUGCGAUGGGUGUCAAUGACAAGCGGGACAUUUCGCGCUUCCUUGAGUGUAAUCCCGUAAUGAUAGACGCCAUUGAAGUGUCAGCUGCUCACAGAGCACGGUAUUUCUGGGGAAACCUGCCUGGAAUGAAUAGGCCUCGCUAUGCUUCUGGGAUGGACAAGCUAGAGCUACAGGACUGCCUGGACCAUGGCCGUGUUGCCAAGUUUGGCAAGGUGCGUACCAUCACAACUCGCUCCAACUCCAUCAAGCAGGGUAAAGACCAGCACUUUCCAGUCAUUAUGAACGGCAAAGAGGACAUCCUGUGGUGCACAGAACUCGAGAGAAUCUUUGGGUUCCCUGUCCACUACACCGACGUGUCCAACAUGGGUCGUGGUGCCAGGCAGAAACUGCUGGGUCGUUCGUGGAGUGUGCCAGUCAUCCGGCAUCUGUUUGCCCCAUUGAAGGACUACUUCGCCUGUGAAUAA